AUGCCGUCGCCGGAACAGCCGCCGAGGCGCCCUGCAGGCCCCAAGCGCAACCAGUCGUCGCAGUCGCACGUCUCGCAAUCCCCGUCCGACGGCCAGCAGAGCGUCCAGCAGUAUCCCAACAAGCAGCAUAAAGCCCAGCGACAUGUCGUUGGCCACGGCCGCAUGGGUCCGCGCAACCCCUCCUAUAAAAACCUGUCCAAGGCAGGCGCCCAGCGCCCGCAGACGGGCGACGGCAGCACGAGAAAUCAUCAGCGCACCCUGUCGGGUAGCUCCACCCCGGUGCCAGCAGAAGUCCAGGCCGUCCGCCCUGGCUUAAAGCGCAAUGCCACUGCCUCCGCCGUGCCGCGCAACACGUCGCAUGCCGUGCUGAAGAAGAACCACUCCAGCAGCCAUCUGCCGCGCCAGAUGUCCACCAAGAGCAUGCACAAGCACCGCACCAGCAGCGACCUCGAGACAUUGAAGCGUGCCCACAAGCAGCGCAGCCGCCAGGUCUCGCCCGAGCCCGAGCCCGACCACCCCGCCGUGCGCUUCAAUCUAGGCGCUGACGACGGCAGCGAGGACGACAAUGACUGGACCGAGGAGAGCGCCUCGCAGUCGCCCGCCACCACUCGCUCCAACACCCGCCAGAACUCGGUCGUGCUCGACCCGCACAAGCAAGCCUUCUCCGCGCAGCAGCAGCAGCAGCAACAACAACAGCAGCAGCAGAAGCAGCAGCAACAGAAGAAGAAGCAGCAGCAGUCGCAGCAACAGCAGCAACAGCAGCAGCAGGCCGCCAGCGACGACGACACCGACACCGACACCGACACCGACACCGACGAGUCGACCGAGACCGAUGCACCCAAGCGCCGGGCGCACACUCAGCCGCACUCGCGUUCGACGUCCCACCCGGGGUCGCCCAACAGCCGUCGGGAUGCGGAUCGGGUGACUUACAGCAGUAACCAGAUCAAUGGAGCCAGCUCAUACCACCAGCCCAACCUCCCCGAUGCCGACAUGAUAACCUCGCGCAUCCUGCAGCGGAGUGCCUCGCACAGCUUGCGGCCCCAGGUCUCGGACGUCUCCGCCACCGUCGUCUCCGACUCGCACGACGCGCGCUCGCUCAGCCAUUCCACCGGAUCUACAAUGAUAGAUACACCAGGCGGCAACAAGGAAGCAGUCUCGCGCUUCAUUGACGGCGAUGGCUCCUCCGGCACGCCCCGGGACAGCAGCAUUUUGCCGCACCAUCCCAAGGGCUCUGGUGGUGAACUCACGCCCGGCAAGCGCAACAAAUCCGUUCCCAACAUGUCUGACAGGGAGCCUUCAACCAAGCACCGCCGCCACGUCUCCUCCGGCACCGCUACUCCAACCGAUCUCCAUCCUUCCCGGACUCAACAAAAACUAUGGCUGCAGCGCGCCAGCUCCAACAUUGAACCCCAGCAAAAGGAAUACCUGCCCCGCAAUGGCCACUCAACCUCGCAGCUGUACCCUGCCGGUGUAACGUAUACGCCCUCGGGAGAAGUCGUCAUCGACAGGGAACUGCUCCGCCGUUUUGAUGAAGCCGCGUCGGAGUACAAGGUCGUACGGCGCUUCCGGAACCCUGUUGCCGACGCCAUAGCCCGCCUCGCCGAGAUCCCAUCGAGCCCGCGCAAGAAUCGCAAUUCCCUGUCGGUCAAGUCCGGCGGCGCGCAGCAGCAACGGCCGAGCACGAACGCCGGGCCCGGACCGGACGCGGGCGUCAGCGGCCUGGUGCGCCAGCACAGCCUCAGGGCGUCGAGUGCCGGCGAGGGGAUGGAUCGCGAGCGGGGCACGCCGACGAGCGUGACGGAAGCGGUGGCGGCGGCGAGGAGAGCGCGCGUCAGUUUCGAUCUGCCGGGCCGGGGAGACUCGCCGCAGGACCGGGUGGCGGCGGAGAAGGACGAGAUUGAGGAGAUAUGUCGCAGGAUUUGGGAAAGAAACGAGCUGCCGGAGGGAGAGUGA